GCUGCUGACCACAAGGACACCCAAGAAGGCCAAGCACAACGCCGCCUCUUUGGUCUGCAAGCAUCAUGGCAAGUCUCCGGUUGGCAGCGCGGUCUGUGAGACAAAUUUCCGCGCCGUGUGCUCGAUCAUUCGCAACGACAAGACUCGCAAAGGGCGAGGAGCUACUCAAAGUGCCCGUAGUGAAUCCAGCGGAUAAGUACAAGGACGUGGCCGAGGAUAUCCAUGCAUAUGGUCAAUAUGUCAUGUCUGCAAUGCCCAAAUUUGUGCAACAGUUUUCCGUGUGGAAGGACGAACUGACCAUCUACGUCGGCCCAUCGGCUGUGGUGCCUGUGCUUUCUUUCCUCAAGGACCAUACGUCAGCGCAAUUCAAGUCCGUCAUGGACAUAUGCGGCGUCGACUACCCGACACGCGAGCACCGUUUUGAGGUCGUCUACAACCUUCUAUCUGUCCGCCACAAUGCCCGCAUACGAGUCAAGACGUAUGCUUCAGAAACUACACCAGUGCCCUCGGCCGUCUCCAUCUUCCAAGGAGCAAAUUGGUAUGAGCGUGAGGCGUACGACAUGUAUGGCAUCUUCUUUUCUGGCCAUCCUGACUUGCGCCGCAUUCUGACUGAUUACGGUUUCGAGGGCUACCCUCUCAGGAAGGACUUCCCCCUGACUGGAUACACAGAAGUACGUUGGGAUGAUGAGAAGAAGCGUGUUGUACACGAGCCGCUUGAGCUUGCUCAGGCCUUUAGGAAUUUCGACAUCAACAGUGCAUGGGAGUCUGCUGGACCGGGUGUUGAUUACACACCAAACAAGUUCCAGCUCGCCGUUCCAAAGCCAGAGCCUCCGAAGGAAGAGACCAAGAAGUGAUUGCUCAUGUAGAAAGCUCUUUUAAAGUCCUUUAUGAGUG